AGAGUGGAGAGAAAUAGCUAAUCCGAUAUGUCGCAAACCUAUGCACAAACUGUGGAAUGUACGCAAUGUUCUUCUGAGAAGUAGAUUUGUUUGUGAGUGAACUCUAGCUGCACAGUGGAAGGGAUGCGGUAUCAAAAUGGGUAACAUUUUCGGUAGAAAGAGACGCACGCGAGUGACAGAGCAGGACAGAGCUGUUUUGCAACUAAAACAACAGCGUGAUAAGUUGAAGCAGUACCAGAAGAGAAUCUCACUGCAACUGGAAAAAGAGAGGAAUCUGGCGAAGCAGCUACUGAAAGAUGGCAAGAAAGAAAAAGCCCUUCUUUUGCUUAAAAAGAAGAGAUACCAGGACCAGCUGCUGGACAAGACGGAAAACCAGAUAAGCAACUUGGAGCGCAUGUGUCAAGACAUUGAGUUUGCCCAGAUUGAGAUGAAAGUUAUUGAAGGCCUUAAAGUGGGAAAUGACUGCCUGAAGUCAUUGCAUGAGGCGAUGUCCAUCGAGGAUGUGGAAAGAAUCAUGGAAGAGACCCAAGAAGCGAUUCAAUACCAGAGGGAAUUAGAUGAGAUGCUGGCAGGUUCCCUGACACAGGAGGACGAUGAUGCUGUUCUGGCUGAACUUGAAGCCCUCACUCAGGGAGCCCUUGACCUACCAGAGGUACCUGUGGAGUCCCUGCCAGAGGUACCAGACGUCACCAAGGAAGAACUAGAGCCUCAUCCCGAGAGGCAGAGGAAGAAGCAGAAAGAGAUGUUGGCUGCCUAGAGUGACAGAGCUUGUUUUCCAGUGGACUCUAGAUGUCUUGGAGGUUACAGGAACCCCAUUGGCCUAUUCCCCACCACACACACACACACACACACACACACACUACCAUGGGAACAUUGUCUUUGCUCUCUGGUGCCAGAAUAUGUUCCAGUUCCUCACCCCAAGACUGUUGCUCCUGGUACCCAGCAUGUCCUUGGUCUUCUCUGGACUCCACUACCAAACACUCCAACUACAGACAUGGAGGGUCCUUUCCACAUCAUUGCCUGCAGUUUUUCGCCUAUGGCCUUUUUAAAAUUAAUAAUGAAUAAAUAGCAGAUUGAGAAGAUUUUGCCUUUUGCUUAAGUCCCUUGACAGUUCUUUUUAAAUAUUAUGUGAACUGCCAGUUCUGUGAUUAACUGACACAUUUCUUUUUAACCUUUGUAAUUUCUGACUACAGAUGAAUUGUUUUGAAAUGAUAUUUAUCUGACUACAGAUAAAGGUUGUCUGUCUUUAAACA